AUGAAAACAAUAAUUUUUGAGCCAGGAAGAACACUAUGUAAGGGAGGGAAUAGUGAAAGUUUAUUGCCAAUUGUUGAAAUCCCAUCAGUUUGCUGUAUAAAGGAUUUUGAGAAAGGAAAUAAUGAACAUCAAAUUUCGGAACUUGAUAGUAUAAAUAAAGAAACAAAUAACAAUACCAGUACUCACAAUUUAAAGAGCAAUAAUAUCUCAAAAGAUGAAUUAAAAAAAAUAUUCUUAGUUGGAAAUGAAGCAAUUGAUCAUUUAGAAUCAGUAAAUGGGAAUUUAAUCUAUCCUUUACAUAGGAAUUUGGUAAUGAGCGACUGGAUUCUUUGUGAAUUAAUUUGGGAUCAGGUAUUGUUUGAAUUGGGGAUCAAAAACAAAGUUGAAAAGUUAAAGAGCAAGUUAUCAACUGAAACUGAAUCUGAACUUGAAUCUGAAAAGCAGGUAUUAAUGGUGAUACUACCUUCUUCAGGAGGAAUUUUGAUCAAAGAAAAAAUUAGUGAAUGGCUUAAAACAAAUUAUGAUUUUGAACAGGUAAUUUUUGUUCCAGGAUACUUACUAACUUUAUAUUCAUAUGGUAAAGAAACUGGAAUAGUUGUUGAUGUUGGAGCAUUUUGGACUAAUAUUACUCCAGUAAUUGAGGGUGUUUCUGAUGAUAAUUACUCAUUAAGUAUUCCAAUUGGUGGAAGAAGUUUGGAAGAUUAUAUGAAAAUCCUAUUAUCUAGAAGAGGAUUAAAGUUUUCUGGAAAAAAACAUACAAAAUGUAUUGAAGAAACAAAAGAUGAUCUAAUAGUCAAAAAUAUAUUAAGUGAGAAUUGUUUUGUCUCUACAAAUGAAAAGAAUACUAGAGAAAUUAUUUCAUGUACAACUUCUUAUUUGGAACUUAUACAAGUCAACUCAAAUUUAAAUAAUAAUAAAGCUAUUUUUUUAGAAGAGGAAAGAUUUCAAGUAACUGAAGAUGUAUUCUUCAAACCAUACAAAAUUGGAAUUGAAUCUCCAUCUAUAUGUGAGGCUAUUCUUAAAGUAAUUAACAAAUGCCCAUUAGAUACAAGAACUCUUUUAAUGGAAAAUAUCUUUUUAACUGGAAGGUCAUCACUAUUUAUUGGACUUCCUCAAAGAAUCCAAGUUAAUCUAACUAAACUAUUCUUAAACAGUAAGCUGAAAGGAGAUAUUGAUCGAUUAAAUAAAUACAAGUUCUAUGUACAUGAUGAUCCUAUGAGAGAUGUUUCAUCUUUUAAAGGAGCAAAUAUUUAUCUUCAAUUGAUUUAA